AUGGCAGAGAGUACUUCUAGUGCCUCUGUUCCAACCCUUCAACCAUGGGAGAAUACUUCUAGUCCAUAUUAUCUGUCAAGUAGUGAUAACCCUGGGAUGUCACUUGUGGUUCAACACCUUACUGAAGAAAAUUACAGUACUUGGAGUAGAGCAGUUCUUAUUUCUUCAGAUGCUAAAACCAAGAUAGGCUUUAUUGAUGGUUCCAUACCAAAACCACAGUCUGUUGAUCAUCCAUGCUAUGCAGCUUGGUGCAAAUGCAAUAGUACAGUUUUGGCUUGGUUGUUCAAUUCAAUCUCUAAAGAUUUACAACAUAGUGUUGUAUAUUUCAAGAUAGCUAGAGAAGUCUGGCCAGAUUUGCAAUAUGGGUAUUCUCAGGGCAAUGAAGAUUGCACCAUGUCCUUCUUGAUGGGUCUUAAUGAUACCCAUGCAGCUGUGAGGGGUCAGAUAUUACUCAUGGAUCCAAUUCCCACAUUAAGCAAAGUCUUUUCUCUUUUGCUUCAAGAUGAGAAGCAAAGAAAGGUUAGGAAGAAGUUUAAUGCUGAAUCUUUAGCUUUAGUAGUUAAGAAUGGUGGAUCUUCUGCUAAAGGGUUCACCAAAGGCAAGUCUGGUAGAUCCCAAUGCACUCAUUGUGGACUUUUGGGACAUGUAGUUGACAAAUGUUAUAAGCUACAUGGCUAUCCACUUGGAUACAAGUUUAAGAAUAAAGGUCAACAAGGUGGAAAUCUUCCUUAUGCCAAUAAUGCUGCUGUUACUGAUACUUGUUCAGAGGAAGCAAUUAGUCUCUCUAGAGCAGAAUACCAGCAACUUCUUGGUUUACUUAAUUCCCAAAGUCAUUUUGGCACUCAAGCACCACAUGAUUCUGGUGAUGAUGCUCAUCAGGUUGCUACUGUCAUCACUCAACCUUCUAUGGAUUUUCAAGGGCAUGAGAUUUCCAUUGAUUGGAUUCUUGAUAGUGGAGCUAUUGAUCAUAUGGUGCAUUCAAUCCAUUAUUUUACUUCCGUUACUUCAGUUGUCCAAAUUUCUGUUAGGCUUCCUAAUGGAGAUAUGGCUAAGGUUACUCAUAUAGGCACUGUCAAAUUGGCUUCUACUUUGAUUUUGGAGAAUGACUUACUGCCUUGGAAGAUGAUUGGGUUGGGUAAGAAGCAAGGAGGUCUCUAUACACUGCAGUUUGCAUCUACAAGUUUGCCUAGAUCUGUCUCAGAUGUUCUUUCCAAGCUUUCUUCCCUUAGUUUUGUAAAUUCUAUUGCUUUUUGUAAUCCUAAUUCUGUUAUGAAUAAUACUAGUCUUUGGCAUAGCAGAUGUACUUGGGUUUUCUUGAUGUCUCAUAAGUCUGAUGCUUCUAAUUUACUUCAAUCCUUUUACAAUAUAGUUGUUACUCAAUUUCAUACUAGCAUCAAGUCAUGUGUUCCUGAUCCACCUCAGACCAAUGUCUCUGCAGAAUUUUAUCCUCCUUUCACUCUUUCUGAAGCAGCUGUUCCAUUAGAUGAAUUUCCUAAUCUUGUUCAUCCUGAUGCUACUUCAAAUGAAGUUCCUGUCCCAUCUGAUCUUGUUCAAUCUGGUCCUAUCCAAUCUGACUCCUUAUCUCUUCCUGUUUCUGAUAUUGUUCCUCUUAGAAAAUCCUCUUGGUGUUUGUCUAAGCUUCAGUCUCUCCAUCAGAUGAUUCCUCUGCAUCUAGUCCAGCAUAGAGCUUUUUCCAUUGCUCUUACUAUUCAAAAAGAACUUGAUACCUACGCUCAAGCUCUUUUAGAUCCUAGAUGGAAAGAUGCUAUGCAGGCUAAAAUUUAUGCAUUGCAAGCAAAUCACACUUGGGUUAUGACACCUCUUCCUCCUGGCAAAGUCCCAAUUGGUUGCAAGUGGGUUUUCAAAAUCAAACUAAAGCCAGAUGGAUUUGUUGAGAGAUAUAAGGCCAGAUUAGUGGCUAAAGGGUACAUCCAAACUGAGGGUAUUGAUUUCUAUGAAACUUUCUCACCUAUUGUGAAGUUCACUACUGUUAGAACCCUUCUUGCAUUGGUUGCUGUUCAAGGCUGGCAUCUCACUCAGUUGGAAGUGAAUAAUGCAUUCCUACAUGGGGACUUGCAUGAGGAGGUCUACAUGGUUCCACCUCCUGGUUUUGGCAGCAAGGGGGAGGUGUGCAAGCUUACAAAAUCCUUAUAUGGACUCAAGCAGGCUAGUAGGUAA